GGGAUCGUGAGGAAUCUUCUGCAGCUGCUUCUGGAGAGCGAUAAGUACGCCGAGAGGAAAGGAGCCGCGUACGGACUGGCCGGACUGGUGAAAGGUCUGGGCAUCCUGGCUCUGAAGCAGCAGGACAUCAUGAGCACGCUGACCGACGGCAUCCAGGACAAGAAGAACUUCAGACGCAGGGAAGGCUCUCUGUUUGCCUUUGAGAUGCUGUGCAACAUGUUGGGGAAGCUGUUCGAGCCGUACGUCGUCCACGUGCUGCCUCACCUGCUGCUCUGCUUUGGAGACGGGAACCAAUACGUCAGAGAGGCUGCAGAUGACUGUGCUAAAGCAGUGAUGAGGAACCUGAGUGCCCACGGGGUGAAGCUGGUCCUCCCCUCUCUGCUGGUGGCUCUGGAGGAAGAGUCCUGGAGAACCAAAGCAGGCUCGGUGGAGUUGCUCGGUGCGAUGGCGUUCUGCGCCCCCAAGCAGCUUUCCUCCUGUCUGCCCAACAUCGUGCCCAAACUGACCGAGGUGCUGACCGACUCCCACGUGAAGGUGCAGAAGGCCGGACAGCAGGCGCUGCGCCUCAUUGGCUCCGUCAUCCGCAACCCCGAAAUCCUGGCGAUCACCCCCAUCCUAUUGGACGCCCUCACAGAGCCGUCCCGCAGGACUCAGACUUGUCUCCAGACGCUUCUCGACACUAAGUUCGUUCACUUCAUCGACGCUCCGUCCCUCGCCCUCAUCAUGCCCAUCGUGCAGAGAGCCUUCCAGGACCGAUCCACCGACACCCGCAAGAUGGCGGCGCAGAUCAUCGGAAACAUGUACUCCCUCACGGACCAGAAGGAUCUGUCCCCUUACCUGCCGAGUGUUAUUCCUGGACUGAAGGCCUCUCUGUUGGAUCCAGUGCCUGAGGUGCGUACAGUCUCCGCUAAAGCUCUGGGAGCGAUGGUGAAGGGAAUGGGCGAGUCGUGCUUCGACGACCUGCUGCCGUGGCUCAUGGAGACCCUCGCCUCGGAGCAGAGCUCUGUGGAUCGAUCCGGAGCCGCACAAGGUCUGGCGGAGGUGAUGGCCGGCCUCGGCGUGGAGAAGUUGGACAAGCUGAUGCCGGAUGUUGUGGCCACAGCCAGUAAAGAGGACAUCGCCUCCCACGUGAGAGACGGAUACAUCAUGAUGUUCAUCUACCUGCCGCUGACCUUCGGAGAAAGAUUCACUCCCUACGUCGGGCCCAUCAUCCCCUGCAUCCUCAAAGUACGGGACUUCUUCUUUGCUUAG